AUGACCAUGAACAUUGAUGAUGUCCAUGUUGCCAAGAUAUUGGGAGUAGACUCUCGCAAAUCUUGCGUUGUCUGUGGUAUCGUCUUUAAAAGUGACGAUGUAGGUAACAUUAGGCAUCCUUUGAAAAAUGCAAAGGUACAUAACUUUGGAAAGUCAAAGGAAGCCAUGCUUGAGACUUUGGUUAAAGAUAUUGCUUUUUCCAAUGUAAAAGUUAUUGUUAGUCGGUCAUCAAUUUGUGAAAUGACACUACGUUUCUGCAAAAUUUACAAGAUAAUGGUUCUACAGAUUUCUUCUGACAUUGAUAUUAACAGUUUAUGUUCAAUAGUUGGUGCAAUUGAUUCAUCUCAGCAUUUCCAACCUCAUCAUCUUGGAUACAUGGAUUCUACAUCAUUAUCAGAGAUUGCCAAGAGAGCUGUAAAGAAGGCAGAGAGAGAUGCAGAGAGGGCUGAGAGAGCCUCUCAGAAGAAAGCAGAGAAGUUUAAGAGUAAGCUCCAGGCUGAGAAAAAGAAGGAUUGA